AUGGAGCCGUCCGGAAGGGAGCAAGAGCCGGGAGCCGUCAGGCUCCUGGACCUGCCCUGGGAAGACGUGCUGCUCCCACACGUCCUGAGCCGGGUCCCGCUGUGCCAGCUGCUCCGGCUGCAGCGCGUCAGCCGCGCCUUCCGGGCCCUGGUGCAGCUGCACCUGGCGGGGCUGCGCCGCUUCGACGCCGCUCAGGUGGGUCCGCAGAUCCCGCGGGCCGCACUGGCCUGGCUGCUGCGGGACGCCGAGAGGCUGCAGGAGCUGGCGCUGGCGCCGUGUCACGAAUGGUUGUCGGACGAGGACCUGGUUCCCGUGCUGGCGCGGAACCCGCAGCUGCGGAGCGUGGCGCUGGCCGGCUGCGGGCAAUUGAGCCGCCGCACGCUGGGGGCGCUGGCCGCGGGCUGCCCGCGGCUGCAGCGCCUGUCGCUGGCGCAUUGUGACUGGGUGGACGGGCUGGCACUGCGCGGUCUCGCCGACCGCUGUCCGGCCCUGGAGGAGCUGGACCUCACCGCCUGCCGUCAGAUCAAGGACGAGGCCAUCGUGUACCUGGCGCAGAGGCGCGGUGCAGGGCUCCGAAGCCUCUCUCUGGCGGUCAACGCCAACGUGGGGGACACGGCCGUCCAAGAGUUGGCUCGAAACUGCCCAGAACUCGAGCACCUCGACCUGACGGGCUGCCUCCGCGUUGGAAGCGACGGUGUCAGGACUUUGGCGGAAUACUGCCCUGCGCUGCGCUCACUGCGAGUGCGGCACUGCCACCACGUGGCCGAGCCCAGCCUGAGCCGCCUGCGGAAGCGCGGCGUGGACAUCGACGUGGAACCGCCGCUGCAUCAGGCUCUGGUGCUGCUGCAGGACAUGGCGGGCUUUGCACCCUUUAUCAACCUGCAGGUCUGA